AUGCAGUUCUCCGCCAUCCUAGUUCUACUGGCAUACGCCACCACCGCCCAAGCAGCGAUAACAUGGACGCUCGCGAAAGCGACCAACCCCACCGCUGACCAGAGCGACGCCUACACCAAGAUAGAAGCCGCUAUGCGUCUUGCGGUGGCACGUUACUCGCGCUUGUCAACUGCCAGCAAAGUCAUCCGCGUCGCCUACGCGCCAGGCGUACCAACUGCCGAAGCGAACUACAACGGUGAUUUGCGCUUUGGGUCGAACAGGUCGUACAUGAGCCAGCGUACGGCCAUGCACGAGAUUGCGCACACGUUGGGCAUCGGACAGACUGCCGCGUUUGACCGGAAGUGCGCAGCAGGGGACUGGCGGACAGCGUUGCCGCUGCUAAAGAGUUGGGAUGGACAGAGCGCCGUAAUCAAUUGCGGGGGCGGACAUAUCUGGCCGUAUGGACUUAACUACGACACCGAGUGGAGCGAGAUGAAUGCGGAUAGGCAUGUGCAGCUCAUUCAGGCGAUGUUGAAUGAUGGCUUGUAA